GAGAGAUACUGUACAUAUAAAAGGCUGAGUCCGGGCUUCUGAAUUCCCUGCACCGCUACUGACCACAGACCUUGGGAGGACAUAAAGUUGCAGUCUGAGACAGAAAGAUGGAGCACUAGAGGGAAGAGAGUAGUGAAAAGAUAGUAAGUGAUAGUAAAUAAGAGUGAGUAAGACGGAGGAAGCUCAAAGCUACAAAAAAAAGGAGGGAUAAGAGGUGUGACAAACUGUCCGGCACUCCAGUCUGGCCUUGGUACGGACAGGUCACUUCCUUCACAUCUCAGAAAAAAGGAUUUUUUUGGGGCUCUCUUUUUUAACUCUGUUUUUAAUAGAUUUUUUAAUUUGAUCAAAUGCAACGCUGCGGAUAUGUACACCUCUUGCUGUUGGGGUCAGCAUUACUGAUCAUCUCAGGGGUCACGAGGGUGAACGGGGACGCGGCAGCGCAUCGAGAGUCUGAAGAGCUGAAGCCGCCACCUGAGUCCAAAUCGAAUCAGACCGAACACGGCCAUGGCUCCAGCGUCAUCACAGGAAUACCCGUCGUCACCUUUAAGUGGCACCACGUGGAGACGCCUUAUCUUAUUGCAUUAUGGAUAGUGGUGGCUGGUUUGGGUAAAUUGGUCAUCGAGGCCAACCACCAUGUGACCAGCGUGAUUCCAGAGAGCGCCUUGCUCAUCUGCUUCGGCUUCAUCCUGGGCGGGAUCAUUUGGGGCGCGGACCAGGUGCAGACCUUCACGCUGACCCCGACGGUGUUCUUCUUCUACCUGUUGCCUCAAAUCAUCCUGGACGCGGGCUAUGCCAUGCCAAACAAGCUCUUCUUCAGCAACAUGGGCGCCAUCCUGAUCUACGCCGUCAUCGGGACCUGCUGGAACGCCGCCAGCUUGGGGCUGUCGCUGUGGGGGUGUCACCAGGGAGGAGCCAUGGGCGACCUGGACAUCGGUCUGCUUCAGUACCUCCUCUUCGGCAGCCUGAUCGCUGCCGUGGACCCCGUGGCCGUCAUCGCCGUGUUUGAGCAAGUCCACGUCAACGAGGUCCUCUUCAUCCUGGUGUUUGGAGAGUCGCUGCUCAACGACGGCGUGACAGUGGUGCUCUUCAAUGUAUUCGAUGCGUUUGUGUCACUGGGAGGACCCCAAAUUGAUGCUGUGGAGAUCAUUAAAGGAAUAAUUUCCUUCUUCGUGGUGGCGUUCGGCGGUUCCCUCGUGGGCUUAAUAUUCGGCCUGCUGAUCUCUCUUUUGACCAGAUGCACUAAAAACGUCCAGAUCAUAGAGCCGGGCUUUGUCUUCGUCUUGGGGUACCUCGCCUAUCUGACUGCUGAGAUGCUCUCCCUGUCUGCCAUCCUUUCGAUCGUCUUCUGCGGUAUGGCCUGCCAGAAGUACAUCAACGCAAACAUGGACGAGAGGUCCGUCACCACGGUCAGAUACGUCAUGAAGGUUUUCGCCAACGGAUCAGAAACCAUCAUCUUUGUGUUCCUCGGCAUCUCGGCCAUCGAUAAGACAAUCUGGGUGUGGAACACGGGCUUCAUCCUCCUCACGCUCCUCUUCAUCUUUGUGUACAGAUUCAUCGGGGUCUUUUUCCUCACCUGGAUCCUGAACAAGUUCAGGCUGGUGCCCGUGGAGUUUAUGGAUCAGGUGAUUAUGAGCUACGGUGGCCUGCGAGGGGCUGUCGCAUAUGGCCUGGCUACGAUGCUGGAUGAGAACAAGAUAAAGGAGAAGAACCUGAUGGUCUGCACGUCUCUCAUAGUAGUGUACUUCACUGUCAUUCUUCAGGGAAUAACGAUGAAACCUCUGGUGAACUGGCUUAAAGUAAAGAGAGCUGCAGUGACGGAGCUCACACUCGUAGAAAAACUGCAGAACAAGGUGUUUGAUCACAUGCUUGUCGCCAUAGAAGAUGUAUCUGGACAAAUAGGACAUAACUACAUGAGGGACAAAUGGAAUCACUUUGAGGAGAAGUGGAUGUCGAGGAUUCUGAUGAAGCCGUCAGCGAGGAAGAACCGCGACUACGUCUUCAACGUCUUCCAUAAGCUAAACCUCAAGGACGCUAUGAGCUACGUGGCGGAGGGUGAACGCAGAGGCUCUCUGGAGUUUGUCCGCAAUGAGACCGCGUUCAUCGACUUCAAGAAGAAGUUUGGUGACGAAUACUCCGAGUGUAUGCCUGACAUCAUGGCCGACACGUCAGACGAUCAAGACGCAAUGUCCUCUAUGAGAAGAGACCCUGUGCCGUCAGUGAGCCUGGAGAUGCACGACCAGAUCAUGAACGGUAUGAGGGAAACAGAGGAUAUUAACACUCACCACCUGCUGCAGCAGCAUCUGUACAAGGGCAGGAAACAGCACCGGCACAGAUACAGCCGGAGCCAUUUCGAUGUCAACAAAGAUGAAAACGAGGUGCAGGAGAUCUUCCAGAGGACCAUGAGGAGUCGCUUGGAGUCCUUUAAGUCCGGAAAGAUGGGCGUCGCUCCACCAAAGACGAUUACCAAGCACUCAAAGAAAGACCAGCAGCAAAAGAUGCCAAAUGGAAAAUCAACGGACAGAAGUAAAAGCUACUAUUCUGGUGAUGAAGAUUUUGAGUUCUCGGAGGGAGACAACGCCUCUGGCUUUGAGGCAUCGGGUGGUUCUUUCCCCAUGAGGGUCACCUACAGAGCAGGAGCUGGAAUUGAGAACCCAGCCUUCAUGCCGGACUUUGACCCCAUGGAUCCGAUGCAGAUCCCUCCGUGGUUGGCGGAAGCCGAGCUGGACCCCACCAUGGUGGCUCCUUCGCAGCGGGCCCAGGUGAGGCUGCCGUGGACGCCCAGCAACCUGCAGCGCCUGGCUCCUCUCCGCCUGAGCACCCGCUCCACCGACUCCUUCACGCAGGCCGACACCCCCGCCUGGCAGCAAGGGGACAACAAGCCACGUCCACCACCACCUCCACCUCCACCACCACCCAUGUAGCAGCACCCCACCCCUCCUUCAUCUUCCCUUUAACCUGGCUGCCUAACACACAGAACCUAACCUCAGACUUUGCUCCGUCCACUCUCAAAAUAUUGACUAGGGAAUGUUUUCUUUUCCGGCCCGUUGCUUAAUGUUACUCCUGAGCCUCUAGACCAAACAUUCACAGUCCCACAACCUUUGUGCCCUUCUCUUCAGCUUCUCUUGUUGCUCUAACUUCACCCUUCACUGAGCAAAAGGGAAGCUGCACGUAAAGCCAGAGCUCCUGUAUGCAGGCAGUGGCACGUUAUUCACCAGCACUUGUUGAACAUUGUCAUAUUUUCUCCUCUGGUUCACAGUGAACCGGUCAAACAUUGUCCCUACGGAGUAUCUUAUCCCUGAAUGUGAUGCAGAAACCUUUUUCAAGAAUGUAGAUAGAUAGAUGUAGAUAUUUAUGAAUUGUGUUGUUUAUAAAGAUUCUUUUAAUUAGAGUGACAUGAAAAUAAUUCCAGCUUAAUAAUCUGAAUAUAACAUUUUGUGUGUCUUCUCAUUUGUCUCAGAGCAGUACUUGAGGUUGAAUAUUUAACUUGGAGAACAAAACCAUUGUAAAUGAUAGAGACAUAUUAUAUUUAUUCAAAUCUCAAAUCUGUGCACAAGUGAACAGAUACAUGUAUAUUAUAUGUAUCUCCAAGAAAGAACAAUUUGACUGACUGGUUUUGAACUGUAUGUGUUUAAAUAUGGAUUUAUUAGAAAUAAAAAUGGAGACAAAAAUAAGUC